AUGGAGGUGGAUGGAGGGUCGGGACGGACCCGCGGGACGGCCACUUUGGAGUGGACGCUGAGGCUCCGGGUGGGGAAAGGAUUUCCUUUGGAGAAGAGUGGGGCGCUGGUUGGAGACGGAAGGGAAAAAGGUGAACAGGCUUCCUGCCGGGAGGCUCAGGUGUCUGUCCCGGACGCCCUUCCCACUUUGGCUCGGGAAAGGCGCCAUGCUUCCCUUUAUCUCUGGGUAGGUCAGCUACUAAUUUAUCUGCUUAAUCCUAUUUCAGCCACCAAAGUCCUUGGCACUGUCAAAUGGUUCAACGUCAGAAAUGGAUAUGGGUUUAUAAAUCGAAAUGACACCAAAGAAGAUGUAUUUGUGCAUCAGACUGCCAUCAAGAAGAAUAACCCACGAAAAUACCUGCGCAGUGUAGGAGAUGGAGAAACUGUAGAGUUUGAUGUGGUCGAAGGAGAGAAGGGUGCCGAAGCAGCCAAUGUGACCGGCCCAGAUGGAGUUCCUGUGGAAGGGAGCCGUUAUGCUGCUGAUCGACGCCGUUACCGACGCGGUUACUAUGGCAGACGCCGUGGACCUCCCCGUAAUUACGCUGGGGAGGAGGAGGAGGAAGGGAGCGGCAGCAGUGAAGGAUUUGACCCCCCUGCCACUGACGGGCAGUUCUCUGGGGCCAGGAGUCAGCUGCGCCGCCCCCAGUAUCGCCCUCAGUACCGGCGGCGGUUCCCGCCUUACCACGUGGGACAGACCUUUGACCGUCGCUCACGGGUCUAUCCCCAUCCCAACAGAAUGCAGGCUGGUGAGAUUGGAGAGAUCAAGGAUGGAGUCCCAGAGGGAGCUCAACUUCAGGGACCGGUUCAUCGAAAUCCAACUUACCGCCCAAGAUACCGUAGGGGACCUCCUCGCCCAAGACCUGCCCCAGCUGUGGGAGAAGCUGAAGAUAAAGAGAAUCAACAAGCGGCCAAUGGUCCAAACCAGCCAUCUGUUCGCCGCGGAUACCGGCGCCCGUACAACUAUCGGCGCCGUCCCCGUCCUCCUAAUGCUCCUUCACAAGAUGGCAAAGAGACCAAGGCAGGUGACGUGCCAUCUGAGAACCCUGCUCCGGCCACCGAGCAGAGCAGUGCUGAGUAACACCAGGCUCCCCAGGCACCUUCACCAUCACUAGGUGACCUAAAGAAUUAAUGACCAUUCAAAAAAUGAAACUAAAAGCAGACACGACCUUACCAACACCAAAGAAACAUCCAAGCAAUAAAGUGGAAGACUAAUAACCAAGAUGUGGACAUUGGAAUGUUUACGAUUAUUCUUUAUGAAACAAGUACAAAAUGAGAAUGUCAGCCAAUGUUUCCAGCAAUUUUUCUGGAAUGCCUGCACAGAAGACAAGAGAGCAACCUCCCCAGUUUCGGCAACCACUAGGUUUAUAUUUUUUUCCUGGUUUUUACUGUUUUGGUAAUAUGAAUUGAAAGAAGAAAUAUUAAUACCACAUGGGGAGAACCCCAACCAAAGAAAUCUGAAAUAUAUAGUAAAUGCUUUUUUGUUCCCUUUUCUAGUUCAUUUUGGAUGCUGGUGCUAAACUUCCAAGUGUCGUGAUUUAAAAAGAAAUUUUAUGCUCUUCUUAUUUAUUUCUAGAUGAGGGGAGGAUAACAUUUUUGCUUUCUUAUGCGACUCUCUGAAAAUGUGCAGCAUGAAGUUCCUCAAAAAUAAAAUUUUUACCCUUGAAAGGAGAAGGUGUAUAACUAGA